GUAUGUCAAAUUUUGUACCGCCUUUAAUCAACGCCGCUAUAAAUAACGUAGCAUACCCAUUGACGUUAACGAAAACCUUAAUACAGUUAGGCUAUGAGCCGCUGCCGCCAAGCAAAGGAAAGAAGUUUGGCUUUAUCGGCAAGACAACUCUUUUAUAUCCAAAUGGUAUUGCAUAUAUGAAGCAUAUUUGCAAAGUGGACGGAGUUCUCGGGCUUGGAAGAGGCAUUGGAAGCAGAUUAGUGAGCGAUUUUGUUUUUAGAGCUGUCCAAGAUCGAGGGACAGCAUCUUUGAAUCGUCUGAGGAACGCCGGUGAGCCGGAAGAUAAUUCUCCGAAACAGAAGAAAGAAGACUCAGUGCCCGAUCUACUAGAGGAGUGUGCUAUCGAGUCGUGCGCUAAAAUGCUGGCCAUUGUAGUUUCACAGCCAUUUUAUACUAUUUCGGUCAGGGCAAUGGCCCAGUUCAUUGGGCGCGAGAAGAUAUAUGGAAUUCCUUUCAUCACUUCAGUCAGGGUCAUAUGGAGAGAAGAGGGCGUAUCUGGGUUUUUCGCUGGACUAAUUCCAAGGGUGAUAUCAGAAAUUCUCAGUCUCUGGCUGGGGAAGAUAGUCUAUUACUAUAUGUGCAAGUAUGUAUUUGUAGAAGACAACCACCAAGUCAAAGCCUUGCAGCCUUAUGGAAGGCUAAUCGUGCCUACGCUGACGUCCCAUUUCACAUACCCCUUCGCCCUAACUAGUACCAUAAUGGCUGUCAAUGGAUCAUCAUUGCGUGCCGGAGGAUUCCCCCUCACGUCAGUUUACAAAAACUGGUGGCAUUGUCUUAGUGAUCUGGUACGCACUCACGACACAGCACGUGGAUCUGCGCUUUUCAAUCGAGUCGCGAAGUUGUGAUGUAUUAUUAUGCAUACUAGUGAACACUAACUUAACUUACACAUGCUUUUAAAAAUGGGUUUGAGGCAAGCGAGAGGCAUUGGUAUUUUUGAACAAAGUUUUUGAUGAUUGGGGGGCGAGUUAUGCAAAAUAUCUUAUGUUUGAAUAAUAAUCUUUCUUGCUAGCUACUAAAAAUAAAGACUUAUGAAAAUUUUAAUGUAUCUUGAAAAAACAUGCUUAGAUCUGGGUGAUGAAAAAUUGAUGCCUCUUGCAUUUACGAUUAUCGAUUGUUUGAAAACUGAUGAAAAGCACUGACUGAUACUGAAUUUUUGUCUCAUUUGCACUGAAAAAUAUUGUAAAUAUGGUUAUCAGAUCGGUCUAAAUUUAUUUAUAUCGAAUA